AUGCACAAGGUGGACCUGAUCCUGGCACGGGCCCUGCAGAGCAGCAGGCCUCAUACAGCUCUGCGUGCGGGGGCGCCCGCAUCCCCCAGCCGCCGUCGGUCGGUCAACGGGUCUAUCUGGGUGUCUCGCCAGCUUCGGGCGCUGCGCAGAGAGAGGCAAGUGGUUCGCAGCGCCCGGCCGGGCGCCCCACACCCGCAGCCGUCAGACGGCAGCGCCUGCGCCCGUGCCGGUGCCCACCCCAGCCGGUGCGCGGGAGCCGCCGGGCAAAGGCGCAGCGGCCGGCGGACAGGUGGACGAUUUCGCUGCCUCGCCCGCUGUCUGCACCCUGAGAAGCCAAGCCCGCAAGCCCAGCAUCCGCCCUCCGAAAUGAAGAAGCUCCAGGGAGCUCACCUCCGCAAGGUAGGGCGCGAGGGCCGGGCGCACCUGAGCCGGGGCUGCGGGCCCGCCCGCCUGGCGGCCGCGGAGUGGCGCUUCCCCUAUAGAGCCUACACCAAUGGAGGAGGUGCCUUCCUGGUGCCCUACUUCCUCAUGCUGGCCAUCUGCGGCAUCCCCCUCUUCUUCCUGGAGCUCUCCCUUGGUCAGUUCUCCAGCCUGGGACCCCUGGCCGUCUGGAAAAUCAGCCCCCUCUUCAAAGGUGCGGGCGCGGCCAUGCUGCUCAUCGUGGGCCUGGUGGCCAUCUACUACAACAUGAUCAUCGCCUACGUCCUCUUCUACCUCUUCGCCUCCCUCACCAGCACCCUGCCCUGGGAGCACUGUGGCAACUGGUGGAACACAGGCCGCUGCCUGGAGCACCGGGGCGCCAAGGAGGGCAACGGGGCGCUGCCCCUCAACCUCACCAGCACCGUCAGCCCCAGCGAGGAGUACUGGAGCCGCUAUGUCCUGCACAUCCAGGGCAGCCAGGGCAUCGGCAGUCCUGGGGAGAUCCGCUGGAACCUCUGCCUCUGCCUGCUGCUGGCCUGGGUCAUCGUCUUCCUCUGUAUCCUCAAGGGUGUGAAGUCCUCGGGCAAGGUGGUGUAUUUCACGGCCACAUUCCCCUACCUCAUCCUGCUCAUGCUGCUGGUCCGCGGAGUGACCCUCCCUGGGGCCUGGAAGGGCAUCCAGUUCUAUCUCACCCCCCAGUUCCACCACCUGUUGUCUUCCAAGGUGUGGAUCGAAGCUGCUCUUCAGAUAUUCUACUCCCUGGGUGUGGGCUUCGGGGGUCUCCUCACCUUUGCCUCCUACAACACAUUUCACCAGAACAUCUAUAGAGACACCUUCAUCGUCACUCUGGGCAAUGCCAUCACCAGCAUCCUGGCUGGCUUCGCCAUCUUCUCCGUGCUGGGCUAUAUGUCUCAGGAACUGGGUGUGCCUGUGGACCAAGUAGCCAAAGCAGGCCCCGGCCUGGCCUUUGUGGUCUACCCACAGGCCAUGACCAUGCUGCCCCUGUCCCCCUUCUGGUCCUUCCUCUUCUUCUUCAUGCUUCUGACCCUCGGCUUGGACAGCCAGUUCGCCUUUCUGGAGACCAUCGUGACAGCUGUGACGGACGAGUUCCCAUACUACCUGCGGCCCAAGAAAGCUGUGUUCUCAGGCCUCAUCUGUGUGGCCAUGUACCUGAUGGGGCUGAUCCUCACCACUGACGGAGGCAUGUACUGGCUGGUCCUUCUGGAUGACUACAGUGCCAGCUUUGGACUGAUGGUGGUCGUGAUCACCACGUGCCUCGCCGUCACCCGGGUGUAUGGCAUCCAGAGGUUCUGCCGAGACAUCCACAUGAUGCUGGGCUUCAAGCCGGGCCUCUACUUCAGGGCCUGUUGGCUGUUCCUGUCCCCAGCCACACUCCUGGCCCUGCUGGUGUAUAGCAUCGUCAAGUACCAGCCCUCAGAGUAUGGCAGCUACCGCUUCCCCGCCUGGGCCGAGCUGCUGGGCAUCCUCAUGGGCCUGCUGUCCUGCCUCAUGAUCCCAGCUGGCAUGCUAGUGGCUGUGCUUCGAGAGGAGGGCUCUCUCUGGGAGAGGCUCCAGCAGGCCAGCCGGCCAGCCAUGGACUGGGGCCCGUCGCUGGAGGAGAACCGGACAGGCAUGUACGUGGCCACGCUGGCUGGGAGCCAGUCACCCAAACCAUUGAUGGUGCACAUGCGCAAGUACGGGGGCAUCACCAGCUUCGAGAACACGGCCAUCGAGGUGGACCGAGAGAUUGCCGAGGAGGAGGAGUCCAUGAUGUGAGGCAGAAGGCAGGCAGACGGGAGGCCCUGUCUGGGGCCACACAGGCCCUCUAUGGGGGCUGCAAGAGGCAGCCAUGACUGCCGGGAAUCUGAGAGGCUACGGGAGAUUGCUACAGAGA